GGCCUUGACACGAUGACAAACGCACGAAGGCCGCCCCAGACCAGAAACAGGAUCAAUACGUCGUCGCUUAAAAUAUUUUUCCUCCUACUUAACAAAAAGGCAACCUUGGGCAACUCUCAGAUAACGGCUUCUCUUCUUUCAUCUAACCAUCUCCCAAAAAAAAGAUAAAAGAUAAAAAUUCACCUGACAAAAAAUAUUUUUUUAAUAUUUUAAUCAAGUCCCUGCUAACAAACCCUAGUUUUUGUCAUUCAUAUCCUCAUCACAGAAUAAUUUAAAAUGGCUGGGAGAAACCGCAUUUCUCGCGAAGUCUUCAAUGACCGGCGUGGAUUCCCUCCUGAAAGACCUUUCCUUCGUGGUCCUCCUCUGCCACAGCCACCUCCUCAUCCUGUGUUGCUGGAGGAAGAAAUUGAAAUUCAGCAUGCUGAAUUUCGGAGGCUUUUGACUGAUAACCGCAGGCUAGUAGAAGAUCGAAUGGCUAUAAAUCAAGAACUUGCUGCUGCGAAAGAGGAAAUUCAUCGUUGGAAUCACGUCAUUGGUGAAAUUAGGGCAGAACAAGAACUGCACUCAAGGGGACUUAUUGAGAAAGGCUUGAAACUUGAGGUAGAUCUCCGUGCAACUGAACCAUUGAAAAAAGAGGCUGUGCAACUCCGUGCUGAAGUUCAGACACUGAAUACUGUUAAGCAGGAGCUAACUGGCCAAGUUCAGACUCUCAAGCAAGAUGUUGCCAGGCUGCAAGCUGAUAAUCAACAGAUACCUAUCAUAAGAGCAGAAAUUGAUGGCCUGCACCAGGAAUUGAUGCAUGUGAGGACUGCUAUUGAUUAUGAAAAGAAGGCAAAUAUUGAGCUGAUGGAACAAAGACAAGCAAUGGAGACAAGCAUGGUCACCAUGGCACGUGAAGUUGAAAAGCUACGUGCGGCACUUGCCUGCUUGGAUGGUAGACCAUGGGCUGCCAGCGGACCAUAUGGGAUGAAAUUCAACAGUUCGGAGGGGGCUGUUCCUUCUCCAUAUGAAGGAUAUGGGGCUCAUCUGGGUGUUGCGGACAAAGGUCCUUUUUAUGGUCGUGGUCCUGUUUCUUGGGAGAGGCCUCGCAUGGCUCGUCACUAGGAGAGUUAUUGCUUGAUGGAAGAAAGAUGACAUUGUUGUUCCACUUUUAAACUGCAAAAUAUUGAUCAGCACGGAGUUCAUCAUCUAUGUCUGCGUGCGACAUCAAUAAUUUUUAUCUUAAUAUAUUGUUAGUCAUCUUAAACUUCUUAUAUAAGAUUCUGUUGUGCUUUCUGUUAAUUGGUAGAGGAAGUGGCAUCCCAUUUAUAUACACGAGAUCAUAAUAUGAUAAUUUGGACUUCUAUUGGGUCCAAUUCUUCAUUGCUAGUUUUCUUUUUUCUUUUCUUUUUUUUUUGUCUGUUUUUAGGUAAUUAUUUUAUCCCUUUUGCUUGAUUAUAACUAAUAUUACUUUCAUUAGAAGUGCCGGCCUCUGAAUAGGGUAGUCGUCUUGGAUCCAUUUGUAAUUUACGGCCUAUGAAUGAAGCUUUUGAAUGAAGCUUUUGGUUACAACUUACAAGUUAAUGGAUGCUACCUUUUUGAGCGAUUUGGCAAAAUUCUUGGAACCAUUUGUGUGUGAUAGUAGAUUGUAGAAGAAGCAAAGAAGUUAUGCCUAGCUGUAGAAAGAUAAUGUAACGUCCAAUGGAACACAAACCCUACAUUUUAGUCGUAGUGUAGAUUCUUUUAGUUUCUAGGUCAUCUCGUGCAACAUUUGAAUACUAGUAAUUUUGGUGGAGGUCAUAUUUCUCUUGAAAAUUGAAAGUUAUUGCUUUGUGGAUAUUGUUGGAGGUGGAUAUGUUAAUAUUAAGUGCAUGAUAUUCUAUGUGAGAUAAAUAGGGUAACAUGUAUCAUGGUAGAUUGUGGUUCUGAAUAUGUGCAUUUCUUGUAUUUAAUCUGGAAGCAGAAGUUGGUAGGAAGAUAUGUUCAACUUGCUUCAAAGGGCCACUUAUGGACAUUUGUUGGGAGUUGAUCUAUUAAAUUUUGAAUGCAUGCUAUUUCUUCUGAGAUGAAUUGAGACUUUGUAUCUCUGUAGAAUCAAGAUGUGCUGUUUGGUAUGUAAUUCAGGAGGUUAUAAGUUGCAUUUUUACCAGGAAUAGAAAUCUCUGAGAAUGAAUUCUUAUCUCUCAAGUGAUAUGGACAUUCUAUUGGACAGUGAGAAUGAUCUCAUGCUCUAGAUGUAAAUUGUUUAGAGCAUUCAUGAGCUGCCCUUUCGUGUGCUUUUAUUAGCUCUUAUUUCUUGAUGACUGCUGUUGCAGUAUAUGAAGUAUGGUUGCUGCAAAUUUUAGUGGUUUUGCUUUUAGGUCUCUUGUUCGCUCCUUGCAAGCAAGUCUUAUUGGAGAAUCAUUUGUCUUACUUAAAUUUACUGUAAAGUGCCCUCAGUAUCCAUUGCUAUGUGGUUGUCUCUGAAGCUUUGAGGUGCAAGUGUUGUUGGGAAUAGUCAAAAUGGCAUGGUGCAUGUGAGCAGGGCCUUGUUUGGAUAUAUAUAUAUAUAUAUAUAUAUAUAUUUUGGAAUAGUUUUUAUAUUAUUUUUCCUUUUUGGAGUAUAUGACUUGGAAAACUGGUGCAAGAGUCUGGUGCAAGAGUUUUAUUUCCUUGUGUUCUUAUGGUCUGUUGAGAAUGUGAUGAAGAGCAAGACCUUAUUUGGUUUUGACUUUUAACGGACUUUGGCUUGAGGUAUUUUGGAUUUAGAAAGUAUUAGUCUUGAUAGAGUUUGCAGAGCUACUUAUAAUUUCCUCUGAUGGUACUAGUUGUAAAAAUGGGUUUUCCCAGCUAUAAUGCAUGGGCCAAUGUAAACAUUUGUGCAUGCAGUAUCACAACUCAUUUUGAGCUAUAGUCAACAUUUUCUUGUAAGUUUAUCAGAAUUACAAAAGGGUUCAACUAGCCUUUCCUUU